AUGGGAAUAGUGCCUGGAAAGGGGCCCCAAGAGCUGCUCUUCCUGUCCACCUGUGAGGAUGCCGAGAGAGGCGCUUAUGGCAAAAUGCCCAACCCUCCAGGCCCCAUGUCUGCAGUGCCAUCUUGGACUUUUCCACCUCCAGAACCAGGAGGAAUAAACUCCCCCUGCCUGUACCCUGCCCAGCUCAUGUUCAGUGAUGCUACACUGAAAAGAGGAGAUUGCGUGCAUCCUGAAUCUCCCCUGCAACCAUCUACACAGCAGACAGGAUCAGCAGCUGGGCACAGCAGCACAGCAGAGACAGCCAGGGAGCUUGGCAGGCUCAGCAGGUGCACAGAAGUGAUUAUCUCCAAAGACCUGCAAAUCCAGGUCAGCAGAAGGGCAGGCUGCAGGUUUGGCUUUCCUGGCAUCUCUAAACAGCCAGCAAUGGCUGUGUGUGAGGGUGAACAAGGAAGGCACUCUGGCGUCUGCAGCUGGAGCCCAGGCCUUUGCUACCUCUUGCAUUUCCAGGGGAGUGGUAUAGCUGGAUCAGAUGAUGGCUCUGGUGUUAGAGGACUCUCCACACUGGUUUCCAUUGUGGCUGUACUCGUUAUUAAGUGCAAAGCAGCUGUGCUGUGGGAAAUGAAUAAGCUCUUUUCCAGAGAAAUAGAAAUUGGCCCACCACAGGCUAAAGAAGUUCAUAUUAGGUUUCUCUUUUGAAUAUGGAUUUUGGCCACAGGAAUCUGUUGCACAGAUGACCAUGUAAUAAAAGGAACAGUGGUAUCUAGGUUUCCAGUCAUUCUGGGACAUGAAGCAGCUAGAGUUGUAGAGAGGAUUGGAGAAAGAGUCACUAGGGUGAAGCCAGGUGACAAAGUCAUCCAUCUGUUUCUGCCACAGUGUAGAGAAUGCAAUGCUUGCUGCAAUCCAGAGGGCAAUUUUUUCAUUAAGAUAAGUAGGUUUCAAUUACUGUCUGAUGGCACUACCUGAUCUACAUGCAAGGGAAGACCAGUCUAUCACUUCAUGAACACUAGCACGUUUAUAGUUUGUGGUGUGGAAGAGUCUUCCAUUGCUGAGGUGGAUGGCACAGCUCCUCUUGAGAUGGUCUGUUUGAUUGGUUGUGGAUUUUCCACUGGGUAUGGUGCUGCUGUUAAAAUAGGUAAGAUCACCCCAAGUUCUACUUGCACUGUCUUUGGCCUGGGAGGAGUCGGUCUAUUAGUCAUCAUGGGCUGCAGGUCAGUGGAACCUCCAGAAUCAUUCAGAUUAACCUCAACAAAAGCCAAGUUUCAGAAGGCCCUGGCCAUGAGAGCCAUGGAGUGCAUCAUCCCCAAGGACUCCACCAAGCCCAUCAGCAAGGUGCUGUUGGAAAAUGACAACAGUGUGGACUACACUUUUAUAGUUAUUGAGUAUCUUGAUACCAUGGUGGAUGCCCUCGCAUCCUGCCACAUGAACCUAGGGACCAGUGUGGUAAUGGCUGCUGCUCUAUAAGCCAGUGUGCUCAGCUGUGACCCAGUGCUCCUGUUCCCUGGAUGCCCAUGGAAGGGGGAUGUCUUUGGAGAUUGGGAAAACAGAAAUGAUGCACUCAAACUAGUGGCCAAAUUCCUGGCAAACCUUGACCUGGACCAGCUGAUAACCGAUGUUUUUCCUUUUAACAAAAUCAAUGGAGAAUCCAAGCUACUGGAUUUAGGACAAAGCAUUCAAACUUUAAGAUCCUGGGAGUGGAGCUCUGUGUCACAUGAUGGGACGCAGACCUUUCCUUUUGUAGUUCUUUCCUCAAAAAGUACAGCUCUGUAUCAAACAUGA